AUGGCCGAAAAUGUGGAAAUGAAGGACGUUUCACAAGAUGCUCCAUUUCCAACACUUUACAUUCUUCAGGUCGUCAAAGAUGCUCAACAACAACAUGGUCUCAGACACGGAGAUUAUGCAAGAUAUCGUAAAUAUUGCACCGCAAAACUUCAGAGAAUGCGAAAGGCACUCAAGUUCACCAAUACCUAUAAUUGUCAAAAGAAACGCAAGGCUAAAUUUGUUAAAAAAUGGUUGUCAGAAGAGACUUUGGGAAAUGCGCAACAUUUACAUAUCGGUAUAUUUGAAUCGGAACGUCGUUAUGCUCUUGCUAUGAUUGAAAAGAUGACUCUUGAAGACAAUCCAGAAAAGGCUAGAAAACGUUAUGCGAUGAUAAACAGCUUGAAGAGAGCUGUCCUUCACGCCAAUAAUUUAGAAAAUAUUGUUGUGGGUAGUUCAAAGUGUGAUGCUCCAACUAAACUCGAAGCGCAGGCAUAUGCAGCGUGGAUGCGUGGAAUGUGCUCUUUCGAAUCGCGCGAUUGGCAAAAAGCCAGCGAGUCGCUCAAACUCGCCAGGACAGUUUACGACAAACUAGCCGAUGCUACCAAUAAUACCACUUUAACAACUCUCUACAAGGGAAGAUGUCGCGAAAUUCAACCGCAACUAAGAUUGUGCGAGUUCAACAUUGCGGAAACUCCAGAAGCUGUCGGAACUAUGUCGGAGCUCAUGGAAUUACGUUUGCAAAUGGGAGAAGGCGGAGACUCGUCAGUAGACAAACUUAUUUCCGAAAUGCGUGCAACGGCCGCUGGUGCUGAAACUGUGACCAUUGAAUGGGGAGGAAUGAAGAGCACCGUCGAAGACGAAAAGGCGCGACAAGUUCUCCAAGGAUGGAAACAGUCAGAAAAGGAAUUAGCGCAAUGCCAAACUCCAAAAGAAAAGAUGGCUUUGUAUGAAAAAGCUACAGCUGAUAGCAGAGAUGCUAUUGACAAGAUUAGUGAUGCGAUUAAAAGAAAAACCACAGAGAAUGCUGAUACUACGGUUCUUCAAUCCAUCAAAUCUUAUUUGGAAUUUUUGAAAAUGAGUGGAACUGCUUCCAGAUAUCUUGCUAUAAUCGAGAACACUAGAAAUGAGAAGAAAAGCAAACCACAAGAUCUCCUUCGUUUAUACGAUUCUGUCAUCGAAAUUUGCAAGGAAGUUCCUGAAAUUCCAGGAGCUGAGCACGACAAGGCAUUGAUUCAAGCAUUCGAUGCGAAAGUCGAGUACUACAAAGCUUUUAGAUGCUUUUACAUGGCUUCAUCUUACGCUGCUUUGAACAAGAACGCUGAAGCUUCUGCGUUGUUUGACAGGACAUAUAGCAGAAUUCAGCAGGCUGACGCGCUAAUCAAGAAGUUGAAAGACAAUUCUUAUUUAAAAAAUGAGAACCAGAGUGAUCUUCAAAAAUUGAAAGCGGAUGUUGAUAGCGCCAAGGUUGUUGUUAGGGCAGCUCGAUUAACUUCGGCCUCGAAUAAUGACACCGAAAAUGUGGCCAAAGAGCUGGAUGAAAGGACUCUUUAUGAAACUUUAUCUGAAUGGCGUGAUUGGCAAGUCAAAGAAUCGAUCAGGGAUAAGAAAACGAUUCCUGUCGCGCGAUUGCCACCUGCAUUUAUUCCUACCCCCAACAAACCCAUUUUCUUCGAUUUGGCAAAUUUCCAUUUAACGAUGCCGAAUUUGGAGGAUCGCCUGACUCAACUACAAAAAGAUGCGCCAGCUCCAAAGAAAGGCCAAAAGUCGGCAGAUAGCGGAAAAAAUCAGGGAACGGAGCAGGACAAACAAGGCAUCUCCGGAAUGGUUUCGGGAUGGUUCUGGGGCAAAAAGUGA